UACGGUGGAGAUUGACGAUCGGCCGCUAAUACAUUUGAUCCCGCAUCUACGAAGUGAGCCAUCAGUCGUCACGUACGCAUCCGCUCUUUACACAACCCAUUGUGAUCAAACCCUAACCCUAAUUUAAACUCGAAUUCGAGCCCAAACCCAAAUCACCUCUUGUUUCCCGUCCUGUACUGAUCCGUUCGCGGAAGAGCAGAAGCGGGAGCAGACAUGCGGACGGCUGAGGAAGCCGAGCAAGAGCGCGCUGUAUUCGAGGACGAAGAGGACUCCACUUCCGGGAGCGACGACAGCGAAGACGACAACGAUGGCAACGGCCGGGCCCCGCCGCCGCCUCCGCUGAUGCAAUGUCAGACGGUGCCGCUCGCCGGUAAUGUUGUCCCUUUGGCGUCCUCCCAUCAUGUCGGAGACCCUAACCCCAACCGUAUCCCUAAUACCUCCGGCCCUGCCGCCGCUGCCGCCCCCCAGAACGGCGCGAACCCGGUCGUUCGUGUCUCUGCAGCCAUCUCCACUCCUUCCGGCGCUGGCCUCUUCAUUUCAUCCUCCUCCGUUCCAGUCUCCGUCGCCACUGCCUCCGAGGAGAGGAGGUCCCUCGCCGUCGUCUCCUUCGAUGAGUCCCGCCGGCUUUUCCAGCGACUUUGGACUGACGAGGAGGAGAUCAAGAUCCUCCAGAGGUUCUUGGGGUUCACCUCGAGGCGAGGUACCACCUUCGCCUCCCACCAGUACGACACCGGCCCCUUCUAUGAGGAGAUAAAGAAGCAGCUCCACUUUGAGUUCACCAAGAACCAGCUUAUUGAAAAGCUCCGCCGUCUGAAGAAGAAGUAUCGGAACUGCGUCAGUAGGAUGCGGUCCAUGGGAAAAGACUUCGCCUUUAAGGGCACCCACGAGCGGGCCAUCUAUGACAUCGCUCGCAACAUCUGGAGCGCAAGCGUCAAGAGGGCCCACGAGAGCGAUGACGAGGACCUGAAUGCCCCAAGCGACAUCAUGUCCAACGAGAUUAUUACGGUUCCUAUUGAUGAGGGUCCUUUAAGUUCUGGUAGAAUGAUCUCGAGAUCAAGAAGGCACUUGAGAAGAAAGGUGACUGAAGGGACUGCAGCUGCGGUUGCAUUUGGGGAAGUUGGCGUGGAGAAUUCCACCUCGGUGAUGCACACACCUUUUGCUUCGGCAUCCAAUGUGCCAAACAUCAUAGAGGAGACAGUGAAGAGCUGCCUCUUGCCGCUGUUUAAGGAGCUGAUCAAUUCCAUUAUUGGGGGGCCUAUGGGCUCAGGAUUUAGUCCAGGGACAUCACCAUUGAACCUGCUGCCUCUGAGCCUUGAAGGUAGUUCUUUGAUGGCUCCAGGGAUGCCUGUGGAUGACAAUUGGAGAAAGCAGCAGAUUCUGGAACUGGAGAUUUACUUGAAGCGGCUAGAUCUUGUAUGGGACCACAUCAAGUUGACAUUGGAUGAGCUCAAGUCUGCAGGAAGCUGAUUAAAGAUGACUUACUUUCUGUAGAAGCGAGGGAAUAGGACUGUGAUUGCAAAGCUUUUCUUCAUAGACACUCAGAUAGAAGACUAGGUAGACAACCAAUAUUGUCUGACCGGGUAGCCCUUUUAGAAUUCCAAAGUUUCUUCAUAUCAAAUUGUUCCUAAGACCGAUAGCCAUUUUGCAGAGACAGGCUUUCUUGCUUGCAUCGACUCUGUCGGCAUUUGUCAAAGGACCGUGGACAUUGAUGCUUCAAGAUAG